GUGUUAGCCUCACAGGAACUACAAAAUGGGGUCUGUCAAUAGGGGGUGUCAGUAUUUAGCAGGUGGUGGUGGUUGGUGAUGUGUGAGAUCAUAUGGGUUGUGGUUUGAUUCUGGUUAGGAUUAAAGAGCAUGUAGAAAUAGUCUUUAGAUCCAUUUACUGUUCUGUGCUUGAAUCAUUUUUGGGGAUCUGUCAAUACAUACAUUCUGAGGGAAAAAGUAUGGUUUUGAAAAUGUUAUGUUUAAUUUUUAGAUAUAUAUUUUUUAAUGUACACAUUGUAUUAGUACAUUAAUAUGGCCCUACGGGGUAAUAACUUUUAAAAUUAACAAUGAGUGUGUCAAGGCUUUGUAGCUGUUGUUCUUUGAACCCAAAAAAUGUCAGUCUUCAGCUUACAUAACCUUGACAACGACAGUAAUAAAUGCCUUGUUGUACGACAUAAGAUUUUCCGAAUAUGUAUUACAAGGGGUUGUUUCUUUGUAAUCUCCAUCAAGUAUGUAGAGUAGGUUCAUUCCCACAGGUUGUUUCGAAUGACACAUUUCUCUUCAUAUCAGUCAUCAUGUUUUAAACUUUAUCAUUACACUCUGUGUCACGGGUGUCAUUGGAAGUAGACCAAAGUGCAGCAUGUAAGAUGAAUACAACCGAGGCCACCAGCACAGAUGAUUACAGUGGCGAUGACUACUAUGGCAUCAUGAACAGCCCCUGUAGCACUGGCACCAGUCUAACCCAAGGGUCCAACUACCAGCCCAUUCUCUUCUACCUGGUGUUCACCCUGGGUCUGACAGGCAACAGUCUGGUGCUCUGGGUCCUCCUCAAGUACAUGAAACUGAAGACCAUGACAGACAUCUGUCUGCUGAACCUAGCCCUAUCUGACCUGCUCCUCGCCCUCUCCCUGCCUCUCUGGGCCUACCACGCCCAGGGUCAUGUGUUUGAAGGGGACAGUCCGUGUAAGAUCAUGGCUGGUGCCUACCAAGUGGGCUUCUACAGCAGCAUCCUGUUUGUGACCCUGAUGAGUGUGGAUCGCUACCUGGCCAUCGUUCACGCCGUGGCCGCCAUGAGGGCCAGGACGCUGCGCUACGGAGCGCUGGCGAGCAUCAUCGUCUGGGUAGCGUCCAUCGGCGCUGCUCUCCCUGAAGCUAUCUUCGCAGCAGAAGUGUGGGAGGAUGACGAGGACAGUGGUUCAAGUUGCCAGCGGAUUUACCCAGAGAACACAGAGAAGACAUGGAAGUUGUUACGGAACUUUGGUGAAAACGGAGUGGGGCUCGUCCUAUGUCUGCCCAUAGUGGUCUUUUGUUACAUCAGUAUUCUCACUGUACUACAGAGGUUAAGGAACUCCAAAAAAGACAGGGCCAUGAAACUGAUAUUCGCCAUCGUGGGUGUGUUUGUAGUCUCCUGGGUCCCUUACAACGUUGUGGUUUUCCUCCAGACCCUUCAGAUGUUUGACAUUGGGAAUAGCUGUGAGGCUUCAACACAGCUUGAUACAGCUAUGGAGGUGACAGAGACCAUAGCUCUGGCUCACUGCUGUGUCAACCCAGUCAUCUACGCUUUUGUAGGAGAGAAAUUCAGAAAGUGUUUGGGCACUGUGCUCUCCAGAUAUCCGCUGUGUGAGAAGCUCAGCAAACAUGCAAUGGUGAGCAGCAGAGGAUCAGAAAACGAGACUUCUAACACAGCUGUGUGAUUGUACUGCUGACAGACAAUACUUCCACUGCUGAAAACCUGUUUGACACCUUUUCAUUGAGCAGAAGACCAAUUUCUGUUCGUAUGGAAUAAUGAAGUAUUCUUCUGAACACAGACUUGCAUAUAAAUGAAGUGUAACUGUAUAAUAUUUAACUUUAAAUGUAUUUUGAUGAGCUCUGACUAUUUGCUAAAGGGUGAUGGGCUGUUUAUGUUUUGAUUACCCAUGUAUGUAUUUCAUGUACAGUACAGGCCUGCACAACAUUUUGCUACAGCAUAAUAUCAAUAUGAUUUGAUUACCCAUGUAUGUAUUUCAUGUACAGUACAGGCCUGCACAACAUUUUGCUACAGCAUAAUAUCAAUAUGAUUUGAUUACCCAUGUAUGUAUUUCAUGUACAGUACAGGCCUGCACAACAUUUUGCUACAGCAUAAUAUCAAUAUGAUUUGAUUACCCAUGUAUGUAUUUCAUGUACAGUACAGGCCUGCACAACAUUUUGCUACAGCAUAAUAUCAAUAUGUUUUGAUUACCCAUGUAUGUAUUUCAUGUACAGUACAGGCCUGCACAACAUUUUGCUACAGCAUAAUAUCAAUAUGUUUUGCAUAGAGAUUAUCUCAACUUUCAUUCUUAUUGUAUGCACACAUUUUUGUUAUAACAUUAAAACACAACCAUGAGCAGGGUUGUGGUCAGAGGACUGCUACUGGAUGACCAGUGGCUAUCUGGCUACUCAUUGGCUACAUUUUCUGGCCAAAUAUUAUUUUGGUAGAAUUUUGACCGUCCUGUGAUUGAGGACGUGUUUUGGUAUUAAUUUGAACUUGGACUUCGAGGCAAGAAUUUGACCUUUUGGAUUAUUUUGAACUUUUGUUGGCUGAGUAGGUAUUUGUGUUCCUUUCUGGAGGGUUUUCUCAAUAAAUCAACCUGUGAAUUUUGUUGUGCU